AUGCUACAGCGCCUUUCGAUUUCACGUCGAGCUGCGUUCCACACGAACUCUCGUCUCCUCCGAAAGGCUAGCGAACCAAUCGACACCCCCGAGACUACGGGAAUGCCUUUCCAGGAGGAAUCUACAAAUCCGGCUGAAACUUUCUCAACCCUUGAUGUCCUUGGAUCAAUCCCGGCGCCGCCGUCAGCGGUCGAUGCAACCUACGCCGAUGGAUUCCUACUGAAUAACGGAACGCGGAUCAACGACGGUGUCAUGUUGCUGAACAAUGAAGCGUUUGUGUGGAAACCAAUUGCACAGGGUGGUCCCGAAGAGAGCAAGGCGAAAAAGGGCGUGUUAGAACUGGCAGAGGAAGCUUGGGGCCUCUUAGAUGUUGUUUACCCGAAGCCUGAACUACUAAUCCUCGGGACUGGACGUCGAACGCUUCUUCUCUCGCCCAAAACGAAGGCUAGAAUCAGCGAGCUGGGAAUACGACUUGACGUCAUGUCCACUCGUAGUGCAGCUGCCCAAUACAAUCUCCUCGCAACUGAACGAACAGGCGCUCAGGUCGCUGCGGCGAUGUUGGUGGAUGGAUUUGGAAAAUAG